CCUCGGGAUCCUGCACUCCUCCGUCACGGGGACGCGCGCGCGUUCACAUUUCACACGCGCACACCCGCCGCGCGGCCAGGCCACCGGCCAGCCUCUCUCCCCUCUCCUUCCUUUUCCUCGCUUAAAAAAAAACUACAUUUUCCGUUAAAACUUCGCGGUUACAGCCGGCUAACCGUUGAACUCCCCCCCGGGCCCUAACCCUCGAACAGACGCAGAAGACGCGGCCACCGGGACCCGACAAACUAGCUUAAACCGAGUUUUAAGCGACGGACCCGGCCGUGAUUCGCCGCCCCAGCAAGCGGGCCUCAAACUUUCCUUCACUUCGAGUGGGUCUUCUUCCCAACGGCUACCAACGGCUAAGUCCGCCGGACGGUGACGUCAGCCCCGAGAAACGUUGAGAACCUACCGGAGGAAUCACCGUUAGCCCAGAAAGUACCCGGACCAACGGCUGUUGUGCCCAUCUCUUCUGCUGCCCCGCUGUCUGUCUGUUUCUGACCGGUGAUGAGGGUUUGGUAAACGGAUAUCAGCGCGUGGCUUCCACGAGCCUUCCCCCGUUUCCUCCGGUCCGGUAGAGGUGGAGUGGGCGGAGCCGAGCGAUGGCGGGCGCGUCGGUGAAGGUGGCGGUGCGAGUGCGCCCGUUCAACUCCAGAGAGACGGGACGCAACGCCAAGUGUGUGAUCCAGAUGCAGGGAAACACCACCUGUAUCUCAAACCCCAAACAGCUCAAAGAUGGAUACGGAACUGUCACUCCUCUGUUUGCAGGAUACAAUGUGUGUAUUUUUGCGUACGGUCAGACGGGGGCGGGAAAGAGCUACACCAUGAUGGGCAAACAGGAGCCGGGACAGGAAGGGAUCAUACCACAGCUGUGCGAGGACUUGUUCCAGAGAACUGGAGGAAACAAAGACCCCGACCUGACCUACUCUGUGGAGGUGUCCUACAUGGAGAUCUACUGCGAGCGUGUGCGUGACCUGCUGAACCCCAAGUCCCAGGGCACCCUGCGGGUCCGGGAGCACCCCAUCCUGGGCCCCUACGUGGAGGACCUGUCCAAACUGGCCGUGACCGGAUUCACCGACAUCCGGGACCUGAUGGACGCCGGCAACAAGGCUCGGACGGUCGCGGCCACAAACAUGAACGAGACGUCGUCCCGGUCGCACGCCGUCUUCACCAUCGUCUUCACCCAGAAACGCCGAGACCAGAUGACCAGCCUGGACACAGAGAAGGUGAGCAAGAUCAGUCUGGUGGACCUGGCUGGAAGCGAGCGAGCCGACUCCUCCGGGGCCAAGGGGACCCGGCUAAAGGAAGGAGCGAACAUCAAUAAAUCUCUGACCACGCUGGGGAAAGUGAUCUCAGCGUUAGCUGAAAUGCAGAGCAACAAGAAGAGGAAGAGUGAUUUCAUUCCCUACAGAGACUCUGUUCUCACCUGGCUGCUGAAGGAAAACCUGGGAGGAAACUCUCGGACGGCGAUGAUCGCCGCGCUGAGCCCCGCUGACAUCAACUAUGAAGAAACCCUGAGCACCCUGAGGUACCACCGGCCCAAACAACAGAUCCAGGCGAACCGCGUGAUCAACGAGGAUCCGAACGCCCGGCUGAUCCGAGAGCUGAAGGACGAAGUGGAGCGGCUCAGGAACCUGCUGUUCUCCCAGGGCCUGCAGGAGCUGCUGGACAACGCUGUCAACAACAACAACAACAACAUCAGUCUCCCCGGUGUUGCAGGAAUGUCCUCUCCGCUGCAGCUGGCUCUCACAGCCAAUGGGGUUCCACAAAAAAAUGGCCCCGCCCCUCCAGGCGGCGAGCCGGCGUCUUCGGGCGACGUUCCCGUUGCCGACGGCGACCAAGUGAUGGAGGAGGGCGAGGACGGAGAAGACGCCGCCGAGCCAAUCAGUAAAGAGGAAGCAGCCGAGAGACUGCUGGAGACGGAGAAGAUAAUCGCCGAGCUGAACGAGACGUGGGAGGAGAAGCUGAGGAAGACCGAGUCUAUUCGCCUCGAGAGAGAGUCCCUGCUGGCGGAGAUGGGCGUGUCCAUUAAAGAAGACGGAGGAACGCUGGGCGUCUUCUCUCCUAAAGGAACGCCUCACCUGGUCAACCUGAACGAGGACCCUCUGAUGUCUGAGUGUCUCCUCUACUACAUCAAGGAGGGGUUCACCAGGGUGGGCCAGCAGGACGUGGACAUCAAGCUGUCGGGUCACUUCAUCAAAGAGAUCCACUGCGUGUUCGUCAGCGAGACCAACGAGCAGGGGGAAGUGGUGGUGACUCUGGAGCCGCUGGUGGGAGCCGAGACGUACGUCAACGGGAAGCAGAUCACCGACGCAGUCGUCCUAAAACAAGGCAACCGCAUCGUGAUGGGGAAGAACCACGUGUUCCGGUUCAACCACCCGGAGCAGGCGCGGCUGGAGAGGGAGCGCAGCGUGACGGCCGAGCAGCAGCAGGAGCCCGAGGACUGGAACUACGCCCAGAGGGAGCUGCUGGAGAAACAGGGCAUCGACAUCAAGCUGGAGAUGGAGAAGAGACUGCAGGACAUGGAGAUCCAGUACCGGAGAGAGAAGGAGGAGGCCGACCUGCUGCUGGAGCAACACCGACUGUAUGCAGACAGCGACAGCGGUGACGACUCCGACAAACGCUCCUGUGAGGAGAGCUGGAGGCUGAUUUCAUCUCUGAGAGAGAAACUUCCUGCUAACAAGGUCCAGUCCAUAGUGAAGCGCUGUGGUCUCCCCAGCAGUGGGAAGAGGAGGGAGCCUCUGCGAGUCUAUCAGAUCCCUCAGAGACGGAGGAUCAGCAAGGACCCCAAACGGGUCACCAUGGAGGACCUGCGCAUGCAGGCGGUCAAAGAGAUCUGCUACGAGGUGGCUCUGGGAGACUUCCGUCACUCCCGUCAGGAGAUCGAAGCGCUGUCCAUCGUCAAGAUGAAGGAACUCUGCCGCAUGUACGCCAAGAAGGACGCCAGCGAGCGCGAGAGCUGGAAGGCCGUGGCCCAGGACGUCUGCGACACCGUGGGCAUCGGCGAGGAGAGGAGCCCCCCCACGGAGGAGGGAGGGGGGAGCGGGGGAGAGACGGGGGAGGGAGGGGAGAAAAAAAACGCCUACGACCUCAAAGCUCACAUUGAUAAACUGACUGAUAUUUUAGAGGAAGUGAAGUUGCAGAACAACAUGAAGGACGAAGAGAUCAAAGCUCUGAGAGACCGCAUGAUUAAGAUGGAGAGCAUCAUCCCCGUUCAGGACGAGGACAUCAACGGCGAAGAGGACGAAGAAGACGGCGGCGGCGAGUCGCCCCCGAGAGACGGCGCGGCCACGCGGCCGCCGGAGGUCCGAGUGAAGCGCCUGAUGGACGAGGACCCGGCCUUCAGGAGAGGCCGACUCCGCUGGCUGAAACAGGAACAGCAGAGAAUCCUGAACCUGCAGCAGCAGAACAUCACCAAAAAGCUCCGCCAGAACCAGAACCAGACCCAGGAACCAGAACCAGACCCAGACCCAGGGUCAGAUAUCACACUGUUAGACACAACCAGAACCAGACCCAGGGUCAGAUAUCACACUGUCAGACACAACCAGAACCAGACCCAGACCCAGGGUCAGAUAUCACACUGUUACAGAACCAGACCCAGACCCAGGGUCAGAUAUCACACUGUUACAGAACCAGAACCAGACCCAGGGUCAGAUAUCACACUGUCAGACACAACCAGAACCAGACCCAGACAUCACACUGUUAGACACAACCAGAACCAGACCCAGGGUCAGAUAUCACACUGUCAGACACAACCAGAACCAGACCCAGACCCAGGGUCAGAUAUCACACUGUUAGACACAACCAGAACCAGACCCAGGAACCAGAACCAGACCCAGGGUCAGAUAUCACACUGUUACAGAACCAGACCCAGGGUCAGAUAUCGCACUGUUACAGAACUAGAACCAGAACCAGACCCAGGGUCAGAUAUCACACUGUUACAGAACCAGAACCAGACCCAGGGUCAGAUAUCACACUGUUACAGAACCAGAACCAGACCCAGGGUCAGAUAUCGCACUGUUACAGAACUAGAACCAGACCGAGGGUCAGAUAUCACUCGGUCAGACACAACCAGAACCAGAACCAGACCCAGGGCCAGAUAUCACACUGUUAGACACAACCAGAACCAGACCCAGGGUCAGACGCCCCCCGUUGUCCCCGUCCACCUGCCCGGGACGGGCCGCUUCAUCCCCCCCCAGGAGUGCAAGCUCAAGUUCCCCUUCAAGAGUAACCCGGCCCACCGGUUGUCAUGGGGACCAGCCAGCGCCGCCCUGCAGGCUCUGGGCCUGGGGGAGGGAGACCUGAUGGGUGGGGAGGCUCCGGAGGAGGGAGGUGGUGGGAAAGCCUCUCCGUCGCCCCCGCCCGGUCUCCUGCCCCUCCCCUUCCAGGCUCCGCCCCCGCCGCCUCGCAUGCGCACCCCUAGCCCCCACCGCGCCUGGCAACAGCGUAACCAGGGCAACCAGGGAGGCUUCUUCUACCACAACAACCACCAAAACCAGCAGCAGCAUCAUCAGCAGCAGCAGCGCAGGCACCGCCGUAACUCGCUGGACCUCUCGGACCGCGGUAACUAUGACAACGAGCAGCCGGGGCGACCGAGGCAGAGGAGGGGGGCCUCGCCAGGGCCGGGAGGGGGGGAGAGAGGAGGGGGGAGAGGAGGAGGAGGAGGAGGGGGGAGAGACAGAGACGCAGGCUUCCACUACAACCCCCACCAGUACCACCAGUUCCACCACCAUCCCUACUACAACCCCCACAAUGCACCAUUCCAGCCAGGGCCACACCCCAACUACCACAGCCUGCCGCGCCCGGGAGCCCCCCUGCCCCCCCCACCUCCCGCUGACAUGCUGCUGGGGCCGGGGGGGUGGGGCUUCAGCACGCCGCCCAGGAUGAGACGCCAGUUCAGCGCACCGGACCUCAAAAACAACAAGGACACGCCCAUCUGACCUCUGAUUGGCUGCUGGGAGGAGGAGGACACGCCCAUCUGGCCUCUGAUUGGCUGCUGGGAGGAGGACACUGCCAUCUGACCUCUGAUUGGCUGCUGGGAGGAGGACACGGCCAUCUGACCUCUGAUUGGCCGCAUGGAGGACACAGGGCGGGCAUGAUGCUGGAGACAGAGAGACUGUGUGUGUGUGUGUGUGUGUGUGUGUGUGUGUGUGUGUGUGUGUGUGUGUGUGUGUGUGUGUGUGUGUGUGUGUGUGUGUGUGUGUGUGUGUGUGUGUGUGUGGCUUCCUUCUAGCCUUUAGCACGCGUUAGCGUUCUGCCUUUGCCGUUCGUUGAACAGGAUGGAAGUUUAUUUUUGUGUGUUUUAUCGCCAGACUCAAACAGAAUCUGCAGAUUUUCGCGGGCUGUUUAUCCGAGUUGUAUUUUAAUGAAAGACUGCCGGUGCCUCGAUCAGUCGUUUAUAAAAGAGGUUUUUAAAGUUUAUAAAGAUCGGUGCCUUAAAGCUAAAGUGUUAGCUCCCGCGGCUACCUGCUGUUAGCAGAAGAAGUCUCGCGUUUUGAAGCUACUUAAAGAUGAAGUACGUUGGUUAGUUUGAGUGUUAGCUCCUCUCUUUUAGCCGCUGUUAGCCCAGGAGGCUAACUAGCCUGCUUCAGAGGCGUGUGUGUGUUAGCUCAGGCUAGUCUGUUAGCCUGAGCGGUGGAGCAAUGAGUGGCUAUUUAGCCGGCUAAUUUGAUGAAGUGCUGCACAAGGGGUGGGGGGGGGAGUAUUAGCCUAGCUUAGCCUAGCUUAGCUUAGCUAAGGCUGCAUUUGGGUUGUAUGGGAGUUACAGAUCGUACGACUUCAGCAACGAGGAAGUGUUUGACACCGAUUAAGUUAACACUUUGUGUUAUUUUUGCUUUUUUAAGAUGAAAUCAUGAGUUGUUCAAGAUUUUAAAGUGUAAAAAUAUGCAAAUAUGAACUCUAAAUGACUUCAAAAGUCUCGUUUUUAAGUAUUUCAGUUCUGAUAUUUCAACAUUAGAGAAACUUAACAUUGUCUAAAUGGAGAGAGAAUUAACAAUACGAUUAAAUAUGUAUAAUUAAUUAAUUGUUUAAGGGCCAGAAACAGCCCUGAACUCACCAUCGCCAAACUCCACCAGACUCCAUGUAAAUAAUCAGUACUUUUAUCAUCGUAAAACACACAUCAUUCAAAGUGGACAGAAACUAAAUAAAACUACCAAAAGCCUUCUUGGUUCAACUUUCC